AUGCCUUCCUCUGGAUGGUCGGUGCUUCGGCUUUUGCAGUUCACAGCCACGUUCAACAUUAUACCGUCUACGCAGGCUACCUCGCUUGUCCCAUUUGUAUACGACCCUCUCCCACUAGGCAGCAUUACCCCCAACGGGUGGCUGAAAACUGAACUUGAAACCUCCGCAGCAGGUCUAGGAGGCCAUUUGUAUGACUUCUACCGUUUUGUCGCCAACUCUUCAUGGAUAGGUGGAGAUCAAGAAUACAGUGACUUGAAUGAGGCGUUGCCUUAUUGGGUCAAUGCGCUCGUCCCACUUGCGUACACUACGAAUGACGAUCGUCUCAAAGCGCAAGUUCACGAUAUUGUCGACAAUGUGCUCGGUCGGAUUCAGCCUGAUGGCUGGAUUGGCCCCGAGACGCUGGAGAGUGGGGAACGAAUGAUUUGGGCUCGAACACUUUUAUUUCUCGGGUUGACAAAUCUUGCUGAUGCGAACUCGACGUACGAGGCUCCAAUUGUUGACGCGAUGUUGCGAUUCAAUGGGCUGAUGAAUACUAUGAUGAAAGAUAAUGGAACAGGGAUCAUCUGGCAUGAGGGUGAUAAGCCUUCUGCUGAUGAUUUCUUGUGGUUCCGUGCCCGAGUUGAGGAUAUGAUGGUAAGCGUGCAGUGGCUUAUUGAUUACCAUCCCGGGAAUCAGACUGAGAUUUUGUUGGAAAAUCUUGAUAUGCUUCAUGAAUAUGGGUAUAAAUGGGAAGGAUGGUAUACAGAGGAUGCUUAUAUCAAGGAAGACUUUUAUGAUCUUCCACAGUCGGUUACGGAUGAUUUGUGGCAGUUUCUGCAUGGCGUAACUAUUGCUGAGGGGUUGAAGUAUGCUGCCGUGGUGAGACGUUUUACAUCAAACGACAGCCUUUUGACGACAGCCAAAAAUGGAGUGGACUGGACAUUCGAGUACCAUGGAGCUCCCAGUGGCACCAUUCUCGCAGAUGAACGAAUCGAUGGACUGAACCCAUACUACGGAUCUGAACUUUGCACACACGUUGAGACAAUGUACUCUCUAGCUUACAACUUCUUCGCAAUUGGCGAUCCGGAUUACGCGGACCGUGCAGAACUGACAGCUUACAAUGCUCUCCCUGCUGCCCUGAUGGGAGAUUGGUGGAGUCACCAGUACAUGACCCAACCCAACCAGCCAUUUUCCAAGAACCUUUCCGCUACACCAUUCUACGACGAUAACUCCCAGGCCAACACGUUUGCUCUUGAGCCAAAUUAUCCCUGCUGCACUGUCAAUCAUCCACAGGGAUAUCCAAAGUUCGUUCUGAACUCCUAUGCCAAGAAAGGAUCAACCGGCCUUGUCCAUGCGCUACUCAGUCCUGGAACUGUAAAAACGGACAUUGGUGGAAAGCGAGUAUCUGUCGACUGCGAAACCGAGUAUCCUUUCGGCAACACUUUGUCCUAUACAAUCAACGCAGCCACUAGCUUCGAUUUCUACCUUCGUGUCCCCAAUUGGUCGACAGGCGUUUCAAUCCAGGGCCUGGACACACCAUCCACAGACCCAAGCACAGGAUUAAUUCACUUCUCCAUUCCAUCCGGAACAACAAAAUUCACCUACACGCUUGGAAUGGAGAUGCAAAUCACACCCCGUGCCAACGACACCGUCUCAGUAUAUAGGGGCCCACUGCUUUACGCACUAUACAUCAAGCCCGACAUCACAUCCGGACCACCAAAGUUUUACAACAAUGAAUCUGAAUAUCCGACCGGCACAUACCCGCCGCAAGCCCAGGACCACGUUCUUCUCAAUUCAACUGAAUGGAAUGUUGCCAUCGAUCCCAAUACAUUGGAAUACCAAGCCGGCUCUGGCCCUCUUCCUGAACCUGCAUUCCAGGAUGGUGCUCUACCGAUGCAUAUGACUGCGAUGGGAUGUUUGAUCGAUUGGCCCAUGUUCCGUGGUGCUGUUCCUGGAUCUCCUAUUCCGAAGGUGGAUCGGGUUUGUCUGGGGGAUCAUUUCAAUGUUACGUUGCGGCCUUAUGGAAGUGCGAAAUUGCAUAUGUCUGAAAUUGCAACCAUUGAUUUGUCUGAGUGA